AUGUCCGGACCUAAGCUUGACUUUGGGGGAUUUCCUAUCCCAUGGACCCCAACCAACCAACCUGAGGAUGAAACCAAUAUGUAUCCCUACAAGAAGCAGGCUAGAAACACUAGAACACUUCCCGUUGGCUGGAGAUUUGCAGAGGGCAGGCGUCCCUUCCACCAGGAAACCAUCUUUGACGAAGUGGUCGAGAUUCCGCUUCGAGACGGAGCCAAGAUUUACUGCGACAUCUUCAGGCCCGUCACAGAUACCAAGGUCCCGGCAAUUUUGGCCGUGAGCCCAUACGGUAAAAAUGGACACGGAUUCCGUAUUUUUGACAAUAUCCCCUUCCGACUCGGAUUACCUGAGAGCGCUACAUCCGGUCUCGAGAAAUUUGAAGGACCCGACCCUGCUGAGUGGUGUCCUCGGGGCUAUGCAAUUGUUAACGUAGACAUCCGAGGUACCUGGGACAGCGAAGGCAAUCUUUAUAUCGAAGGAAGCCAGAUGGGUUUGGACGGCUACGAUACUGCCGAAUUUAUCGCAGCCCAAUCUUGGUGCAAUGGUGCUGUUAGCAUGUGUGGCAAUUCCUGGCUGGCAACCGAGCAGUGGGCAACCGCUAUUGAGAAACCGCCAUCGCUCAAGUGUAUCGCACCUUGGGAAGGGUUCACCGAUAAGUAUCGUGACUUGAUCUGCCGUGGUGGUGUCCCAAAGAACAACUUUGCCUCGUUCAUCUUCAAUAAAACAAUCCGCGGUAGAAAUCAACGCGAAGACAUUGGCGAAGCGCUCAACAAGUGGCCUCUUUUUAACGGCUAUUGGGAGGAUAAAGUCUACGAUACCAGUGGUCUGACAUUGCCUAUCUAUGCACUUGUCAGCUAUUCCUCCGGAAAUCACGGAGCUGGUACAGUGAGAGGUUGGAAUCAGGCCGGUUCAAGGGACAAAUGGAUCCGCUUCCACCCGACCCAGGAGUGGUUCGAUCUCUACACCCCGAGGUAUAUCGAUGAUCUGCAACGGUUCUUCGAUCGGUACCUGAAGGGCAUCAAAAAUGGGUGGGAGGAAACUCCCAGGGCUAGAGUCUCCAUUCUCACAUAUGGAAAUCGUUUCGAGCCUGGACCCAUGUGGGAUGUGCCAUUUGAAAACUACCCUAUCCCGUCCACCGAAUAUCGCAAGCUCUACCUGCGGGACUCUGGAAAGCUGGAUACUUCUCUGCAAGCCCACGAGAGCUUCGUCGCCCAUUACGCUGACAGCUACCAAUCGAAGCCAUCUGAAUUUGUUCUGACCUUUGACAAACCCACGACCCUGGCUGGCCAUUCAAAGGCUGAACUUUGGAUGUCAUGCAAGGAGAAGGAUGACAUGGAUGUCUAUGUGUCCAUCCGUAAACUGAGCAAAAGCGGCGACGUCUUAGAGCAUGUCAAUAUUCCAUGGGAAUCUCUGCCAGAGGGUGUUAAUACCCAAUACGAUGUUCCAAUGGCACAGACCGUCAAGUAUACUGGACCGACCGGUAUUUUGCGGGCUUCCCAUAGGGCCCAGGACCCGGAACGGAGCACAACCAUGAUUCCGUACCAUCCACAUGACAAGGAAGAUAAGGUCCCACCAGGCGAGAUCGUGAAACUUGAAAUCUCUCUUUGGCCUAUGGGAAUUCACUUCGAAGCAGGAGAGAGCCUUCUGUUCCGCGUCCAAGGCUUCAUCGAUACAAGCUCGGAUUUCCCAAGCCACAUCGAUAAGAAGCUGGAUAAUCUAAACGAAGGCCGGCAUACAAUCUAUUUCGGUGGAGAGUAUGACUCCAAGGUCAUUGUUCCUAUUAUUGCCUUGUCGGACGCUCCGCUCGUUGAUUCCACUAAACUCCUCCAGUUCCUCAGAGCAGUGAAACAGUCGAGCUCCAUGAUCAAGGCGGCUUGA